AUGUAAUGUAAUAGUUUCCCCAUCAUCUACCAUCCCCUGGGCUACUACUGAAAAGCAUUCUAUUCUCUCAAAUCCACCCACUAAACUGUAUCGGAGAGGGAGGUUCUUCAGCAAAGUUUGGCUUGUUAGGGAAAGUUCCUAACUGUCAGGGCUGUCGAAGGGGCCUUGAUGGAAGAAAGGAAGACAUCGUCUUGUCAGCAAACAACACUUACAGUUUACAAUUCUUGGAACGCAAAAGACGCGUGUGAAAAUCACUGAGGAAGGAUACAACGUCGUACAGAAGUUAAUUAAGUUUAUAUCGCCGCCGUCACGCUUUCUAUGUCUAAAGUGCAUGGUUCUAGCGGGAUAUAAGUGUUUCACUACAAAAUUGAAAGUGUUUGAAAUGACAGUCGGUACAGUGAGGAUAAACCAUAAUAACAUAUUGUCUUUCUUUACCUUCCAACAAGAUGAUUUACUUACACUGCGGACUUGCACAACCUUUCUCUCCAAUUUACUUUCUGGUUGCAGCGGGGAUCUUGGCGAUGUUUAACAACAGUAAAACAUUUGGAUUUGAACAAGAGACGGAGAGCUUUCUACAGGGGCUUCCGCAGUACGAGGUCGUUCACCCCUACCGAGUGGACGCCAAAGGUCACUUCCUGUCCAACUUUGUGUCCUACCGCGUCAGCCGGGUACAGCGGAGGGAAACCCAGGGGGAACCAGGAAACCCUACACGGGUGUUCUACCAGUUGCAGCAUGGUGGCCACAAUCUGCACUUCAACCUCACCCUCAACCCACACCUGCUGGCUCCUGGCUUCCUGACUGAGCGAAGGUACGGUGGCAUGGAGGGGGCCAAAAUACGCAGCCAUGGCCCUUCGCUGUGCCACUUUAUCGGGGACGUGUGGGACCAGGCAACCAUGAAGGGGAGGGCGGCUAUAAGCACUUGUGACGGCCUGACUGGGCUGUUCAAGCUGUCCCAGGAGGAGUUCUUUAUCCGGCCAUUGGAGCGGUCUAGUGAUGAGUUGACGGCACCACAAGUCCACAUUAUCUACAAGCGUCACACCUCCCCCACCCAAAGCCAGUUGGUACAGCCCAUCUCUGGAGACCAUACCACCAACGGUACCUGUGGGGUCAAAGAUCCCGCUGCGGCGUUGGAGCGUGUGGAGAGGCAACGGGAGCGCUGGGAGAGACGCCAGCGGAGGAAGAGGAGGAUACGCCAGCGUUCCAUCAGCAGGGAGAAGUGGGUGGAAACGCUGGUGGUGGCCGAUUCCAAGAUGGUGGAGUACCACGGCACCAAGGGCGUGGAGAGCUACGUACUGGCUGUCAUGAACAUCGUGUCGGGGUUGUUUCAUGAUGCCAGCAUUGGAAACCCUAUCAACAUUGUAGUGGUUCGUCUGAUCCUGCUGGAGAAGGAAGAGGAAGACCUGAAGAUCACCCACCACGCUGACAACAGCCUGAGCAGCUUCUGUAAGUGGCAGAAACGGCUUAACGUGAAGGGAGAAGAACACGCGGUCCAUCACGACGUGGCUGUCCUUCUCACCAGAAAGGACAUCUGUACGGCCAUCAAUAAGCCCUGUGAGACCCUGGGCCUGUCUCAUGUGGCAGGAAUGUGUCAGCCCCACCGCAGCUGCAGCAUCAGUGAGGACACGGGCCUGCCGCUGGCCUUCACCGUCACCCACGAGCUCGGGCACAACUUUGGGAUUCAGCAUGAUGGGAACGGCAAUGACUGUGAGCCGAUUGGGAAAAGACCUUUCAUCAUGUCUCCACAGCUCCUGUAUGGCACCUCCACCCCCAGCUGGUCGCGCUGCAGCCGCCAGUAUAUCACCCGCUUCCUCGAUCGAGGCUGGGGCUGGUGCCUGGAUGACCCCCCCAUGCGGGACGUGCUGGAUCUGAACUCUGUUCCCCCCGGGGUCCUGUACAGUGCUGCCCACCAGUGCCGCCUACAGUACGGCUCUGGAUCCCUGCUCUGUGACGACGUGGACAACGUCUGCAGUACGUUGUGGUGCACUGUGGGGACAACUUGUCACUCAAAGCUGGAUGGUGCAGUCGACGGGACCAGGUGUGGUGAGGACAAGUGGUGCUUUGACGGGGAGUGUGUGGCGGUGGGACACCAGCCUGAGAGCGUCAAAGGGGGCUGGGCUCCAUGGAGCGAGUGGUCGGCCUGUUCCAGAACCUGUGGGGCCGGAGUUCAGAAUGCCCAGAGGGACUGCGUCAACCCAGUUCCCAAGUACGGAGGGAAGUACUGCGUGGGGGAGCGAAGGCGCUACAAGAUCUGUAACAGCACCCGUUGCCCCCCCAACCAGCCCUCCUUCAGACUCAUCCAGUGCAGUCACUUUAACACCAUGCUUUACAAGGGCAAGUUCUACAAAUGGGUGCAGGUCAACAACAGAGUGAACCCCUGCGAGCUGCAUUGCCGCCCUCUGAACGAGUACUUCUCAGAGAAGAUGCUGGACGCGGUCAUUGACGGGACCCAGUGCUAUGAGGGCAGCUUGAGCCGAGACAUGUGUGUUAACGGCAUCUGCAAGAAUGUGGGGUGUGACUAUGAGAUUGACUCCAACGCGGUGGAGGAUCGCUGUGGGGUUUGCCAUGGCAACGGGUCUACUUGUGAGACUGUGAAGAAGACCUUUGAGGAGAGCGAAGGGCUUGGGUAUGUGGACAUUGGGCUGAUUCCAGAGGGGGCUCGGGAAAUUCGUAUCGAGGAGGUGGCUGAGGCUGGGAAUUUCUUGGCUCUCCGGAGUGACGACCCCGGAAAGUACUUCCUGAACGGCGGUUGGACUAUCCAAUGGAAUGGGGAAUACAAGGCAGCGGGGACGGUGUUCACCUAUGAGAGGACAGGACAACUCGAGAACUUGACCUCCCCUGGACCAACCCUAGAGCCAGUGUGGAUACAGCUACUCUUCCAGGAGACCAACCCAGGGGUGCGCUAUGAGUACACCAUCCAUAGAGAGACUCUUCUGGACUCAGACAAUGACAUCCCUAUCCCCGGUUUCUUCUGGAAGUAUGGCUCAUGGACUGAGUGCAGUGCCACCUGCGGGACAGGUGUCCAGCGACAAAUUGUUCACUGUGUGGAGAGGACCUCUGGGAUAGUAGAAGAGGGCUACUGUGACCCGACGAACCGUCCAGACGAUAAACGAGCCAGCUGCAAUGAGGAGCUUUGCCCAGCCAUAUGGUGGGUGGGCGAGUGGCAGAAGUGCUCGGCCACGUGCGGUGAGAAGGGCUUGGCCAAGAGGACGGUGCUGUGCAUCCAGGCCGUGGGUCUGGAGGAGAACAGAGCCCUGCAGCCCUCUGAAUGUCACCACAUACCCAGGCCUGAGUCAGCGGCGCCUUGUAACACUCAUGUCCCCUGCCCCGCGGACUGGUCCACAGGCAACUGGUCUGAGUGCUCGCUGACGUGUGGUGGUGGUGUGCGGAGCCGAAAGGUUGUCUGUUCCAGAAACACAGGGGUGGACUGUGACCCCCGAAAGAAUCCCAGUUCCCUUACUCCAUGCUACCUCCAGGACUGUCCUCAGAUCAUCGACGUCUUCGGUGGCAGCAACGACUGGUCUGGCAGUGGUUCGUCAAGCAAGGAAAUCAACGAAAUCAACUCCAUCCCUGACUCCAACCCCCUGCCCAAACACAGUACGACUAGAGCUCAGCCAAGGGCCCCUAACAAUCUGAAUAACAUCAUCCCCCACCCGAAUCACAUUGACAAGACUACUGACAACUCAGCCAAAAACAAUGUACCGGUGGACGAUUUUUACUACGACUACAACUUCAUCAAAUUCCACGAGGACAUUUCCUACGACUUUGGCUUGGGGAACAACGGUAAAGACUUGGUGGAUGAUCCUGGACCAGAUCCACAACAGGAGCCUAAGCCAAGUUCUAGUGCAGAAGAACAUGUUUACAGAGAAACUACAACAGAUCCUCCCACAGCUACCUCACCCAUUUCUACCACUUUUAAGACGACUCCUUUCAUUAGGGAAGUUGAGGAACCACAAGACCCUAACCUGGACAAUGCAGAGAUUGAUGGAAGACUACAGACGGAGAAACCUAAUGAAGUAGAGCGAGAGGAGGAGGAUUUACUCCUUUCAGAGGACUAUUUUCUACCUGUUUCCACCACACCCUCAGCACCAGUUUUAGAGACCAGGUUUUCACAAAGCUGGAAAGAAACUAACGGUAAUUUUGGUUGGCCUCAUUACCUCAGCACUGCAGCUGAGAAUACACCUGGGCCCCAGAGUGAAGAAAAUGAUGAUGAAAACACUGACAUUUAUGUCCCUUUUGAUGUGAAAGACAGCAAUGUUGGUACAACCAUCGAAUGUACCACCACUGCCCCUGUCAGCCAUGACUAUGAAGAUGGCACCGUACCCACAACGAUGGUAGAAGAGGUGAAAGAAGUGGGUGUUUUGGACUACAAUUCCCACCAGGAGACUGCAAUUGGACUACAAUCCCCUGGCUACCAAGAUGAAAAGGAGAGCCCGCUUCCACCCCUGGAUCCACCUUCCCCAGGACCUGUGUUUGAGUUUGAAACAUACGAGGACAGCUUUUUCACCACAACCCUGUCCCAAUGGGAGGCAACCACCUCUCUUCCAUACGAGCCACCAGCCCCAGACUCCACUGGGGAUUACAAUGGCUUUUUCCCUGGUGAACCAGACUUUGAUCAGCAGGACUUUGAAGUUGAGCCCAAAGCUGAUAGCGAAGUCAAUUUAGGGGUCACCGACAGUGACUUCACCGUGACCUCACGUCCUGUGCCUCAGGAGCCACAUCUUCCACCCUCUCCUCCCCCACCUCUUUCCCAUUCACUCUCAGGAAACCAGGAGAACAUCAAACACAGCACAUCAACAACUAGAAGUGACUCUCCUCCUACUACUUAUCUGGAAGGAGACCCUCAGUCUCCACCUGGAAGUGACUCCCCCCCUUCCACUCAUCUGGAAGGAGACCCUCAAUCUCCACCUCCGUCAAUGUUAGCAGAGACAGAGCUAGCCACAGCCCAGUUAGAGACAGACAUUUCAGCACAGUCCUCCACGACUGGGCCAACUCCAUCUAAAGGGGCCAAUGCGGGCCCUCCAGUCCCCUCCCCAUACGGGUGGUCAGAGAUUGACUACAAUGAGAUCCUCAUCCCCCCCAUGCUGAGAUCCAGGGGCAUGAACCCUUCCCUCACAAACCAGCCCCCAGUGGAUGUCACCACAACCACUCCCCAGGAUGGCACGAAACCCAUGCCCCCCACCCAGUCCCCUGAACCAGCCGUGCCCCCCACCCAGUCCCCUGAGCCAGCCGUGCCCCCCACCCAGUCCCCUGAGCCAGCCGUGCCCCCCACCCAUUCCACUGAGCCAGCCGUUCCCCCCACCCAGUCCUCUGAGCCAGCCAUGCUCACUCUGCCAACCCAUUCUCCCACCACACUCUGGUGGACACCAGAGCCUACCCCAGUGCCAAGCCCAGCUUCCACUCCAAACGCCACAGCUUCCUUCUGGAGACCCGGCAACUGGAGCGCAUGUUCUACUAGCUGUGGUCUGGGGGCCAUCUGGAGGCUGGUGGUCUGCAGCACGGGACUGGAGUCUGACUGUGACCUGACCAAGAGGCCUGUGCCGGCCCGGCGCUGCUACCUCCGACCCUGCUCCUCCUGGAGGAUAGGGAACUGGACCAAGUGUUCCAAGAACUGUGGUGGUGGGGUGACCCUGCGUGAGAUCCAGUGCUUUGACACCAGGGACCAGAGGCCUUUGCGGCCCUUCCACUGUCAGACCGUGUCUACCCGGCCGGUGACCCACAUGCCCUGCCUACCCCAGCCCUGCCUGGACUGGUACUCUUCUUCCUGGGGACAGUGCUCUGAGGUGUGUGGGGGAGGGGAGCAGCAGCGUCUGGUUACCUGUCCAGAAGAGGAUCGCUGUGACGAGGACCAUCUGCCCAGCAACAUCCAGGCCUGUAACAGCCAACCCUGUACCCAAUGGGUCACUGGCUCCUGGGGACAGUGCUCUGCAUCCUGUGGUGGCGGCGUGCAGCGGAGGCUGGUGAAAUGUGUGAACACCAAGACGGAGCCUGAGGAGGAGGAGGAUCAUGCCCAGUGUGACUCUGAGCCCUGGCCAGAAAACAGCCAGAAGUGUAACCUGAAUGAGUGUGACAGCGGCCCCGCUGGUGAGUAAACCACACAACAGCUUUCUGUCUUAAAUAAUGUAUAUGAUAAUAUACACCAUUUAAAAUAUGCUUUCAUCCAAAGUGACGUAUUGUCAUGCGUACAGACAUUUGACAUGUAGGUCAUGGGUGUCCGUAUGGGUGUCCGUAUGGGUGUCCGUAUGGGUGGCCUUGGGAAUCGAACCCACAGUCCUGACGUAUUAAGCAUUGUGCUCCGCCAACUAGAUUUUCAUUUCCUAGAAAAUGCUCCACUUCCUCUGGUUUUAGCUGAAUGGAUGGGUUAGAUGGAUAGACAGGCACGCUGUCAGUCACGCCGGAAAGCAAUCGGGCAGAGAGAGACAGACAGAGAG